CGCACGGUCGCAUAUCAUUUUUUUUCUCUGUUUGAAUAAAUCUAGGCAAUACGAAGCACGCCGACAAGCGAUGUGAUCGUAUCGCAGUAAAAUAAAGAAAAGUCACAGACAAGAAAAAUAUAGUGAACUUGCUAGUUUUACUCACUCUGAAAUAUUAAUAAAAAAGAUACAAAUUCAGACAAUAAUUUUCAAGCGAUUAUUUAAAAAAAAUCAUAUAAAGCGACAAAACACACAGCAAAAUAUUAUAAAUAUUGUGAAAGUGAUAGUUUGAUACAGCAAAGAUCAUCAUUACACAGGAAACGAAAACAUAAAGACUGCAACUUAUCAAAACAUUUUCGUUUUUGUGUACGGAAAAUUCACUGGAGAUCACAUUGAAAAUACUCAGUAGUUCAAGUGAUAUCGUACAGUGUAUUUUGUGUAUUGAAAUAAGAGACGGAUUUUCAAUUAAGUCCUAGAAACAAGCGCAAACAGCAACAACAGAGAAUCGUUUGACCCACUUGAAUUUUAUAAAGACCCAAGCGUAGUGAAAUGUUAUUGAAUUUGUGUGCAAAAAAAGCGUAAUAAUUAUCGAAUUGAACGCAAAAUCUGGAACACAAUCAAUGCAAUAUUAAUUGAAAAUUAAUGAGAACGAGAUGAAAGCGUGAAAGUAAGAAGUUGCAUUGAAAGAAAAUCACGAAAAAUAUAAACGAUUUAUCACAAAAACAAAAACACACACAACAUUCAACGAGUGAUAAUUAGCUUUUGUCUGCGUAUUUUUCGAAGAAAAAAAAAGCAAGACAAAGAUCAAGCCAUUCUCGGGCCAAGUGAAAAAUUAAUGAAAAAUUGCGUUCACAACCGAAGAUCAAGGCGUCACUUCUAUUUAAUACAAGAUUGUGCUGUAUGUGUUAUUGACCAAUUGCACCACAUUCUUACGUCAAUUGAAUCCAUAUCAAUUGUGUCACAUUGCUGACUGGUUUUCGUGUGAAACAAAGAAGUGAGUGAGAGAUAUACACAGCGAACGCCCACCGAUCACUGGUUGAUGCAAUCGUGAAGUAAGGACAAGAUUUUGUUUUUUUUUUUUUUUCUCAAAAAAACAUUUGAGAUUUCGAGUGAUUUUGCGUGCAUAAAUUAAAAAAUAUAUAUUCCGAAAUAGACCAGAAAUCAUCGUUGGUGAAUGAAAUUAAAUGUCGCGGUUUUUAAACGAAUGAGAAAAGUUUACGAGCGCUAUAGAUUAUUUCAUACAUAAAUAAAUUUUGAGUGCUCUAAAAUCUCACACGUUUACGCGAAUAUAACUAAGUGAGUCAGAGAGUACCGCUGAAGAAGAUUUCACGAACCAAAGAGACAUUGUGACGACAUACACACACGAGCGGAAAUUUCUUUCUCGUAUUUAACACACCGGGAUCACAUGAAUAGUCAUAUUGAAAAUAAAUAAACGGCUUUGUCAAAUUUGGACAAACAUUUGUAAAUUACUUAAAGUGACGCAUAACUAGAGAAAAAAAAAUUGUGGAAAAUUUCCUCCAUUCACUCGGCAAUAAUACAGAAAAAAACUCAAAUAACGGUAAAUGAACUUGACAAUCGAAGCAGUAUUAUCAAUGUUAAUUAAGUGCGUUCUAAUUGCCUAAUCAUUGGAAAACAAAAGAAAAACAAUUCUUACACGAGACCGAUUUUGUGUCCGAAGUUUAAUCGAGUAAAACACAAGCGAUCGAAUAAACGACCAAAAAAAAACCAACGAGAUCGAUAAACAUUUUUAAUAAUAAUUUGUGAACAUAUUCCCAGAAAACGUGCCUUCACCGGUUGGAUUUUGGUUUCGUUGUCGUUGGCAAAUAUACGCUCACUUUUCAUUGUCGCCGACGCACGAUAUCUUUUUUUUUGCAUCGUCGAGGUGGAAUUGAAAAAAAACGUUGCACACAAGCGCAUUUCCCAUCAAAAUAUCGGAGUCAAUUUUUGAUGAGUGUUUCAAACACUUUUGACCAAAGAAAACUUCAAUCGAAUAAAAGACAUCGAUGCGAGACAAAGUGGUUUCAAUCAAUUUAAAAUCAUUCACAUUAAAAAUCGACGAUUUUGAAAUCGAUAAAAAAUAACGUACCGCAGUUAAAGAGCAAAUAAAAAGAGACGAAAAAAACAUCAAAUAUUUAAAAAUGGCAUUAGAUUAUAUAAUCGUUGGCAUGCAAUUGGUGGGAAUCAGUGUAAAUGUGCUGGCUUUAUGUGCAUUUUGGAUAUCGCCCGGUUUACGAGCAACAGCAAAUCGAUUUGUAAUCAAUUUAUUGGUUGCAAAUAUUGUUGCUUGUGUAGCAUUGACACCGGCUUUGUGGCUUGAUGGGGGCCUAAAAACACGUUAUCAACAAUUUGAUAGCAAUAGUAUUGAAACAAAUACAGAGCACAUCUUACCAUCGACCGAUUUGGAUAUACAAGCCGAAUUACCGAAAUCAUUGGAUGACACAUUGAUCGAAUCAAUGGAAAUAACAACGGCGAAACCAUUACAUCAUCAGCACCAUCAUCAUCAUAAUAGUCAUCAUGGCCAUGGCAAAGUUGAACGUGACGUUGAACAACCAGAGAUUCUUGACACUGCACCAUUUUCGUUGAAUCCAAAAACAGUUGAAGAAUCUAUUGAAUCGGUGAUCAUUCAAGAUGGACAAGGAAAUAUUCGAACAUUCAGCGAGAAGCAAGUGAUUGAAAACGGUGACGAAACCGACAUUAUUGGAGAGAUUGACAUCGGACCAGUACCAGUGGUGACCGAACGAGAACUCGAAAUUAAAUCAAUAAAUACGAUUAAACAAAGAAGUUCAAUGGCCCAUCGUACGCAUACCGUAUUCAGCGAAAAUUCAUUAAUAUUCGAUUGUACGCGUUUUUUUGGUUUCGAUUUUGCAGCCGCCGUAGGUGUGCUGUCCGUUGUUUUGGUUGUUGGAGAUACUUGGUGUGCCGUUACCGAUCCAUUGCGAUAUCAUUCAAGAAUUUCAUAUCUCAAAUCAUGGAUGCUCAUUGCUUCCGUGUGGGCGGUUAGUAUUGCGAUUACCGCUGUAUCGGCAUUACGCUCAAAAUGGUGUCAAAUCAAUCUGAACCUGGAGAAUGUAUCAGUCACCGACGAUGAAGACUACACGAACGCAUCAACAACGGCAACAUUCAGCGGUUCAUCGCAGGCUAUGUUCGUGGCAAAUAUUUAUGCAUUGGUUUUUUCUUGCGUUUAUUUCAUGCUUAUUGUGUUGGCACCAAUAACCGUAGUAUGUAUCAUGUAUUACAACAUCUUCUCGGAAGCGAGACAAAGUGGUUUGCGAAUGCGACGAAAUGGAUCCAGUCCAUUACUUCAGAGUGCGUUAAAUUUGCACAAUUCGAGCAUAAAUACAGUUUCACUUAACGAUAAUCAGCGUUAUCCAUCGAUAUUUGAUGUGUCAUCACCAGACGCAAUCACAAUGAAAAUCGAUUCACAGCAGUUUGCCGUUGAAGACGGUAAAACGUGUGAAUAUAAUAAAAAAGCUCCAAUUGGCACUCAUCAUCAAUACCGUCGUUACUUAGACAUUCCGGAAAGUGGAAAUCAGCAGCAGCAGCAGCAGCACCAAACCGAUAAAUCAUUGUGCAAACGACAGCGUACAAAAUCCGAAAAAAGUUUAAGUGGAUUUAAGCCAAAAUUAUCGCAAAUUCAUCGUCACUUCAGUGCUCGACAGUUGGAGAAGGCAUGCGAUGUACCGUCGUUUUUAACAAAAAAUCACAAUUUAAGUCGUAUUAUAACGGGUGAAAUGCGUCAAGUGCACUCAUCGCCAAACCUUCAGAAACUCUCGAAUUUGGAUUUGAUGCACAAAGUGCCAUACUGCGUAAAUAACCGAAGUACAACCAGCAUCAAUCAAGCAUCGCAACCGACGACAAAUUCACCGCGAGCCUUGAGCUACAUGGUAUCGAUUCGUCAUCGAUUAUCCAAUGCAUCGUCGAUUUUUAAAUAUCGCGAAGAAUCGCGUGCAGCAAGAAUUGGCAUCGUUGUGGUGGCAAUGUUAAUGCUUUCCUAUUUACCAUAUGGUUUAUUGAUUUUGUUGCAAGGUCGUCUUACAUUCAUUCCAAAUGCAUCGAUAUUCAGCAUUCUAUUUCUACUUAUCGCCAUUUGUUCAUCACCAUUUAUAUUUGCAUAUCGUAACCGUCGUGUGAGACGUGGUGUGUGCCGUUUAUUUGGUGUUGAUACCACCAAAACAAAUAGCUACUUACAAAAGCAACGCAUGCAAUUGAGAAAUGCACAAUCAAAUAAACAUGUACGCAUCCAUCGCAAUUUAUCCGCAUCAAAUUUUUCAUUGAAUAUGUUACCGUAUAAAUUGGCCACCGCAAAUUCAAUGCUUCCCAUACAAAAUGAACAAAUGCAUGGAACAGUACAGUCAAGACAUGGCAGCGUUUUAGUACCAAUUGAUGACGUUGAAACCGAAUCGAAUGAAAAUUCACAAUAUGAUUUAGAACAAAAGAAAAUCGACGAAAACAAUAAUAAAUUGAAUAAAAUGGAAAUGUUUGAAGAAAAAGUACAAAAAGGAUCCUUAUUGCAACGCAUUUGCCGCAAUAGUUUACGAAAAAUUUCCACAUCUGAUGCAGUCAAAGAACAACCCGAACCACAACAUCAAAUUGAAAUCAAAGAUGAUGGCGUCUGAACAUUUCAAGGUUGACGAAAUGGGGUCGAUCAUAUGUAUGCAAAUAGCAUUUCGGCCGAUAUGAGUUAACGCUCAUGUUGUUGUUUUUCACGCUAUUCGACAUGCGUGCAACGUUCUUUCGUCCGAUUCUGCCAUGGAGUAAAUGCCAAUGCAUUUGGUAUUGCACGCAUUCGAACACACAGUGAAAACAAUUACACAAGAAUUUAUGCACUUGUCAUCAUGUUAUGCUAACAGCGAUUGGGAAUGUCACUAAAUAGCAUCGCGUGAAUUCAACACCAUUUUCUUUCAUUUAAAUUCUGUGUACCUGAUGGAUCAAUCUAAAGCGAACUAUGCAGAGUUUAACAAAAAAAAAAAAACAAACGAUAUAGUCAUGUAUAAUAAUUUGCAAUCAAUUAAUUACCAAUUACCAACUCACUUAAUGUUAACGAUUGAUAGCGGGUAUCAUUUUUUUUUGUAGCUGUGACAGAAAAUAACUAAUUCAACCAAUUUGUAGGGUAUUAUUAUUUUUAUGUAUUUAAAAAUACGUUAGUAUUUGUAUCGUUAAAAACAAUCCCAAAUCUAUGAAAAUUGUACUUAUAAUCGUAAAAGAGUAAUAUUAUUAUUUUUUUUCCGUUGUUAAUUGUAUUUUUUUAGGGAAAUUAUAGGCUUAAGCGAUAAUAUUCUAUAGGAGUCAAAACUUAAUUUAUUUUUUUAACUAGAAAAAAAUUGUAUCACAUAUGAAUGACCAAUUUGUAUUUUAUUUUAUAAAAA